CAAGGAACUAGAUUGUUUGAUGUCUGACAGUUAAAGAGCAGAAAUGUCUGAUGAAAUUUAUGACAAAGUGAUCAGGACUGAGUCUGAGAGAAUGAAGAUAAACAGAGCAGAGAUGACGAUGGUUAUCUAUGAGAAUGCAGAAUGUGUGAGAGUUUAUGACUUCAGGACAGAGACAAACACAGAGCAGCCACCUCAGCACAAAGAAAAAUGUAUUUACUACAAAUCUAGUUUUUACUACUUGUCCACUGGAAAGAAGAACUGGAACGAGAGCAGACAAGACUGUUUACAGAGAAGAGCAGAUCUGAUCAUCAUAAAUGACACAAAGGAACUAGAUUUUGUUAUGAACAUUACUGAUAAAAGAGAAUUCUGGAUUGGUGUGACUGACACUGUUGAAGAGGGCACAUGGAAAUGGGUUGAUGGCAGCACACUGACCUCUGGGUUCUGGGCGACCAAUGGACAAAUAUCAGAGCCAAAUGGAAAACGAGAUGAGAAUUGUGCUGUGACUUGUUUAACAAGACACCCUGAAUUAAUAGGGUGGAUUGAUGUUAAUUGCAAUGGUGAUUAUCAAUGGAUCUGUGAGAAGAGUAUAUGACCCUAGGAAUAUCAGCCCCAGAAAAAAGCAACUCACUGUAAAUACACAAGCAAACAAGGAUCAUUAAUGACACAUUAAUGGCCCAACAAGUGAGAGAGGCUCUGAACACGAUUUCUAACCCCCCUGUUAUUAGGACAAAACUGGACAGGAUCAUUUUACGGCGGGCAUAAACAGAGGGUCGAAAGUAAUAUUCUAGGUUUAGUGGCAUUAUACUGUAAUUUGCACUUGUACCUCCAAAAAAAAAAAAAAAAAAACAAGUUAAAUGGGGCAAAUUCAUAAAUGCUGAAAAACUUCAAUGCACAAAAAAACACAAGCUUUAAGGCAGCUACACUGAGUUUGUUGUGUUCCUUUCAUGCUACCAUAAGACUUUUAAGACAACCAAAUGUUUGUUUUCUAGAGAUUCUCUAACCUGAUUUCUCCUCUUACAUUUGCUCUGUCAAUGCUGAUCUAGUAUAAGGAAGAAUAACAGCAUGAAAGCUCAUUUACCACCAUGUGUGUCAUAAUCAGGAAGUUGGUCAUGAAUUAUUGGCAGUGUGAGAGUUCAGUAAGGUACUCCACCAGUGUCUCCUCUGUCACAUCUGUCCUAAAGACAAAAAGUUUCAAAUUCUGGAGCAGUGCCGAGCCUAAUAGUAGGCUGGGUAAUGAAGUGCUGUGUUUAUGUCAUCAAGGUGGGCUGAUACUUUUAAUUGGAUCUGGGAGAAGAGCAUUUUAAAAUAACAUAAUACACUGAAUACUGUCUUUAAGAGUGAAUCA